AUGUCUUACAGAGAAUCUUCCGGUUCCCUUCCUGUGCCUGACCGCACAUCGCUGCCACGAAUGUUUAAUGGGGAUUCUAGGCUACGACAUCUGCCUCCCAUUACGUCUCCACCCCCACCCAAACGAUACAAGUCCGAGUCAACCCCAGCGAGUGACGCCGGUCAAUCGCGAUACUACUCGCACUCGGUGAUGAGUGAUCGAGCCCGGUCACGACAGCCGUCUUCCGCGAUGGACCUGUACACGCUGAUCGAUAGAGAUCCAAUCGAUACAGAUCCUCGCAGGAACGGUCGCUUUACUAGCCAUGGAUCGGUAGCCACACAGGCAUCCCACACGUCGAAUACAUCUCAAGUCUCGCGAUCAUCUCCGGUCGUAAUGUCCGAUCGCAAGAUGCCCGAGAAAUACCCGAAUCACAUCGAGAACGGCCGAGUGUACCAUGGCUAUCGGAAAGGAGUCUACCCGCUUCCGUGCGACGAGGAAGAACAGGACCGUCUCGACAUAUUUCACAAAUUGUUCACGGUGGCACGGGCCGAGGAUGGCUUGAUAUAUGCACCACAUCCCCCGGGGUCUCGAAUUCUCGACUUGGGUUGUGGAACGGGUAUCUGGAGCAUCGAAGUGGCAAACAAAUAUCCCAAUUCCUUCGUGGUGGGGGUGGACCUGGCGCCCAUACAACCGGCCAAUUUCCCAAAGAACUGUGAUUUCUAUGCCCCGUUCGACUUCGAGGCGCCCUGGGCCAUGGGAGAGGAUUCAUGGGACAUUAUUCAUAUGCAGAUGGGAUCUGGCAGUGUUGCAAGUUGGCCCAGUCUCUACCGACGAGUCUUCCAACAUCUCCGGCCGGGCGCUUGGUUUGAGCAGGUUGAAAUUGAUUUCCGGCCUCGCGUCGAGGACAAGGAUGGCGAACCGGGACGCGCUAUGGCUAGCUGGUACUCGACCUUGAAGCACGCGACCGAAGCUACCAUGCGGCCCCUGGCCCACAGCUCGAAUGAGACGAUCCGGAAUUUGCAAGAAGCGGGCUUCACCGAGAUCGACCACCAGAUUGUGGGACUGCCGAUGAACCCAUGGCAUCCCGAUUCCCACGAGCAGAAAGUUGCGCGCUGGUAUAAUUUAGCUAUCUCCGAGAGCGUUCAGCCAUUGUGUUUGGCUCCUUUCAGCCGGGUUCUUUCUUGGUCUAGGGAGCAGAUUGACCGCAUUGCAUUCGACGUCAAACAGGAAGCUUUCGACAAAAAGAUCAAAACCUACAACCUUUUGCACAUUUACCAAGCGCGAAAACCCGAGGAAUAA